ACUAUGCUUCAGUGGUGAUCAAAAAGAGGAAGGAACCCCAAAAACAAGCAAAACUCGAAGAAAACAUUGUGUAUGAUGAAGUGAGGCUGCACAAUAAAACAGUGAAACCAACUGAUGACAUAACAGACUCAGGAGAAAUCUUGUCAGAAAAAGAAGCAGGAAGAAGAAGAAGAUGCUUUCAGUUGUUGGCUUUUUGUUUGAUGUCUUUUUGCCUCAUUUCAAUGUUGGCCAUCAUUGGAGUCUUUAUUUAUGAAAAGCAAGAGCUGAAAAAACAAGUCCAGGAGCUGAAAACGGAGAACAAAAACUUGACAAAACAAGUCCAGGAGCUGCAAACGGAGAACAAAAACCUGACAGAUCAAGUAGAAACGAUGCCAACACCUACAAAUGAGCUCAAUGUGAGUCGAGCUCAGUGGAGCAUUAAUACCUACUGUCGCCAAAGAAAUGACAAAACAUGUAAAGCUUGUCAGGACGGUUGGUCAUCCUUCCAGUCCAGCUGUUAUGCAUAUAAUGACGCUCCACCUGCUGAUCAGUUAAGUUGGGAAGAAGCACGAGAAAACUGCAGAGGAAAGAGUUCAUAUCUUACUGUUGUUGCUGAAGAAGCAGAAAAGAACCAUGUCAGUGGCAUCAGUAAUGCUAAACCAGGCAUUAAUGGGUACUGGAUUGGUCUAAGAGCUGCAAAAGGAAAAUGGAAAUGGAUCGAUGGAAGUGACGUGACUAAUGAUGCCUGGAUAAGUUCACCUACAAAUAGCAGCCAGUGUGUAAUUUCUGUCAAAGACCAAGGCUGGAAAACAGUGAGCUGUGAAAACAAGAAUGGAUGGA